GUAGCCUAAAUACGCGCGGUUCCACGCCGUGGUGCGCGCUUAUGGGAACGCGCCGAAAUAUUCUCAGCUCAUUUAUCUUGGCUAGCAGAUGAGUCCAGCUACUGCACACGGAGAGAGGUUCUUAAGUUAUCGUUUCUUUGGGAUAGCUCCACCGGUAGAGGUAUAGUAGAUAGGACUAUUUGGCUUCGAGCGUGAGGAUGCUUUGCAAAACAGGAUCGAGAGCUGCCUUGACUUAUAGCCUGCGUAAUUAUCUGUAACUUUGGAGAUUCGGGAAGUUUAUUUCAUCCACAGUGUCCUCACUCAAUUGUGUGCUCUUCGGCGAACGGCUGUCCGUGCGCCAUGGUUUGCCAAGCGGCACAUAGUGCGGUCUUCCUGUGCGUUUUCUUCCAGCUGUUUUACCUGCCCGUCGGACAGUCACCUGUGCUUCCGAACUGCCACGACGUGCGCGCGGCGUUCCAAACCCUGCACCCGGGUUCCAAAUGGGUCCCGGAUACUCCAGUGUCAGGUGCCGACCUGCAGGUGUGCCAAACCAAAGGGCCGACCUGCUGUUCCAAGAAGAUGGAGGAGCGCUACCUACUAGCUGCCCGCCACAACAUGGAGUCAGGCCUGCAGGCUGUCAGCUCCCAGCUCAAACGCCUCAUCAUCCAAAACGCUGCCAUAUUCCAGGAGGCUUUCGACCUGGUCAUCCGCCACGGCCGCAACUCCAGCCUGGUGAUGCUGCGCUCCGAGUUCCCGGCCCUCGUGCCCGGGGCUCAGGGCUCCGUGGCGCAGCUCUUCCAGGACAUAUCCCUCUACAUGCUGGGCUCCGACUCCACGGUGGACCACAUGGUGGCCACCUUCUUCGGCCGCCUCUUCCCCUUCGCCUACCGCCGGCUCCUGGGGGGCGGGGCCUCGGGCUCCGAGGAGUGCGUGCGGGGGGCCUGGAGGGACUCCGGGGCGUUUGGCCCCUACCCCAAGCUGAUGAUGACCCGGCUGUCGCGCUCUCUCCUGGCCACGCGGGUCUUCCUGCAGGCCCUGAACCUGGGCAUCGAGGUGGUCAACACCACCAACCACCUGCGGCCCGGCCGGGACUGCGGGCGCGCCCUGCUGCGGCUGUGGUACUGCCCGCAGUGCCACGCCCUGCUGGGGGUGCCCGUGUGCCGGGGCUUCUGCCAGGCCGUGAUGCAGGGCUGCCUGGGGGGCGCGGCCGAGGUGCAGCCCCACUGGAGGACCUACGUGGACGGGCUGGGGAAGCUGGCGGGCGCCAUGCGGGGAGAGCAGGACGUGGAGGCCGUGGUGCUCCGGCUGCCCUCCAUGAUCAAGCUGGCCCUGAAGCACGCGGUGAACGCCCGCGUACGGCUCGCCGCCGCGGUGGGGGGCAUCUGUGGCAGCACCCCCAAGAGGGCCGCUCGCUCUGCCCCGGCUCCUCUUGCCCCGCCGGUGGUCCGCAGAACCACCCUGGCCCUCCCCGACCCCGACGAGACCCUCGCUGGACUCCGCAGGGAAUUCAUCUCCAGCCUGCGGGGGUUUGGCUUCUUCUACAGUGACCUGGGGGAGGCGCUGUGUAACCGCGAGCCUGCUCCUGGCAACCACUCCCUCUGCUGGAACGGACAGGAAAUGACAGACAGGUUCCCGGCUCCAGGCCUGAAGCGGACCAACUCUCAAGGCUCUGAGUCCAGGAGCAACAAGGUCCCAGAGCCCAUCAUAAGCCAGAUCAUCGACAAACUCAAACACAUCAACCAGCUGCUGAGGCUGGUGACGGUGUCGGAGAAGCGAUGGCGAGCGAGGUCGCGCGGCGACGGCGUGGAGGGGCGCGGCGGGGAGGAGCUGGACGAGGACGGCUUCCAGAGCGGCGACUGCGACGACGAGGACGAGUGCGCCGGCGUGUCGGGGCUGGGCCCGCCCCCGCGCCGCAAACGCUUGCGUAUCUUUGCAGACCUGGCGGAUAACCUGCCCAUGGACGACCUGAUCUUCCAUGAGCAGCUGCUGACCCCUCACCUGGCCCCGGCCGGCGUCGGGGGCUUCUCGUCGGCCUCCUCUCCUCCCUGGAGGUGGUCCCUGGCCCUGGUUCUUCUGCUGACGCUCUCUGUCCUCCUGAUUGGCCACUACUGACGAGUGACUACAUCCCCUUCGUAAACUCAUUGACCAACGACGGAAAACUAAUCGCCCACCUUCCUUCAAAUGUCACGUUUCCGUUAAUGACUUUUUUUUUGUUGGAUUUCAUUUGGAAUCUCAGUGUACAGUUAAAUUAAUCCUCAACGUUGGCAUGAACUAAACUGCUCUUUCUCUUCAGCUCUCUCCUUCCCCUAAAGUAUAACUUUCUCUCAUUCACUCAUUCCAUUUUUUAAACUUAAACUUUGACGAAUAACACACAUUUUUUUCUUCCACAAUAAGAGCUCACCGUGUAACUCUGUGGCACUGUGUAAAUAGGAAACUCGUUACGGUCGCCCUCCUAGACUACUCCCACUGUGUUUCAGUCCCACUAUAGCUUUUCCCCUCUGUGCCGUUACUGUACUUUAGUUUCAAGCUGACCUCAUUUAUUUUCUCAACAAGUGGUUGAGAGGCCUAGGCGGCCUCCUGUGAACGCCAUGUCAUGGACCUGGACGUUUGGACGGAGACGGAGAAUGGAAAGUCCAAACUGGCACAACGGCAGCAGCAGAAGAAGAAGAAGAAGAAAGAGAGACAGACUCGUUUUUACUUGAGGUAUCACAGCGGUGUGUAUCUACUGUACUGUUCGCUCUAUGGGACGGACAAUUCUAUUAUACUGAAGACUUUGUAGUAAAACGUACCUGAGUAGGUCCAGGACUUCAAGAGGCCUUCUUCUCGUCGAGCACAUGCUGAGGUUAGAUACAAAAUGGACAAAGUGAUGCGGUUUGGGCUGGUCUUAAUGUUCGGGGGGUAGAGAGUUGGAUUGUACUGGAAUAAGGCUUGGCUAUGGCAUCUAAACAUUCACUGAUUCUGAAAAUAUUUCUUUUUAGAAUAACCCCAUUGCAGAAUGACUGUUGUACACAGCAACCAGUGAGCACACGCGGAGACAAAAGAGUUUGCGAGAAUUCAACUGAAGUAAAGGUUUUAAACAUUUUCAUGUUGAAUAUUAUUGGCUGGCUUUUGAAAUGUGUUUCUGAUAAACAUUGAGGCUAGGUAUGAUGAUCCAGCUAUUUCAACUUGUUUGAGUGUUGAAGCAGCCGUAUUUACAAGCAUUGCCUGGACUGACAUAUUGUGAAAGGCUUAUUGACGAUAAAGCUAACAAAGCUAUUAAGCUAAUUAGCCAUUAUCUAUAACGCUAUAGCUGUGCUAUAGAAGUGUUUCCCUUCUCUUUGUUACAUGUUUACAAAUGAUAUCCCUUAAGAGGUAUUGAAAUAUUUUCCUUCAAAAUUUCAAGGUAGGAACAAUACUUUUCAAUUUCAUGGUUAUUCUUUGCAAUGUGCAGCAGAAUAUGGGUGUUCUUGUAAAUAUGUGUGAAGUUGUAAUAGAUUUUAAUAGUGCUCAAGCCUUCUUAAUGUCAGGUGUUCAUUAUGUAAUUGUUCAUUGUACGACUCAUUAAAAACCUGGAGUUAGAGUUUGUGCUUGGUGAAUCAGUUAUGUUUCUUUCUUUUUUAAAUAAAUAAUUAAG